UCUUUGACUCGCCAUGUGUGAUCCUGUGGUUCUCUCAGGUGCGUCCUGGCUAAGCUGGGGUCUGGUGAAAGGAGCUGAGUUCACAGGUCAGGCCAUCCACAAAGGGGCAUCUAAACUCCGGGAACACAUCACCCCGGAGGACAGACCCUCCAACGUCAGCCCCACAGUCUCCAAAGGCCUCCAUGUGGCCAAGCAAGCGACAGGGGGUGCUGUCAAAGUCAGCCAGUUUCUAGUGGACGGGGUUUGCACCGUCGCUGGCUGUGUGGGGCGGGAGUUGGCUCCACACGUGAAAAAACAUGGAGGCAAGCUGAUCCCAGAGUCGAUGAAGAAAGACAAGGACGGGCGUUCUAACAUAGAUGGAGCCAUGGUGGUGGCUGCCAGUGGAGUGCAAGGGUUUGCGACAAUGUGGACUGGUUUGGAAGUAGCAGCAAUAAACAUCACUACAAGUGUAGCAUCAGAGACCGUCACCACCGUGAAACACAAGUACGGGGCAGCAGCAGGACAAGCCACAGACAACGCUGUCAAUUCUGCCAUUAAUGUUGGUCGCACUGCCUUCAACGUUGACAAUCUUGGGAUCAAAGCUAUAGUGAAAAAGACGGGCAAGCAGACGGCGCAUGCCAUUUUGGAAGACUACAAGCGUCCGGAAAAACCAAAUAAUGGGAAGCAAGUAGUUAAAUCGGGCAAAUAGCUGGUAUUACUCUGCCUUAUCAUCUCAGAAAUGCCUUAAACUAUAAUUCUAUCAAAUACAUCUAUAUUUAAUUUUCACUAUUUAUAAAACGUAUUCUAUAUUUAAAAGAUAACUACUGUUAUUUGCAGAUCCUUGAGUUUCAUUCUCUUAAGCACUUUAAUCUUUAUGUAAAAUAAGGUAAAUGGACCUAAAUGAAGAGAACCAGCAUAUUAUAUAACCAAAAUGAAGACAUGGUGAUACACUAUAACAUUUAGGUAUUAUCAAUUCACUUGAAGGAUAUCAUUUUAACUCUGCUCUUUAUACUAAAACAGCAUAGAAUGGUUAACUUCACAUUGGAACAUUACCUAAUCUUCGUAAAGCGUCUUGAGUUUUUCCCUUGGGGACUGCAAUUUAUAUAAUUUGAAUAAAGGAUGAGAAUCAAUAUCUGUAUGUAUCUUCAGAUAUAACUAUCGGACAAGAAGGUGUGUGUUUUUCACUGUGUUGUUUAAAAUGAGAAGUAAUCACUGCCUCUUACUGUGCCUGCAAACAUCUAACUGUAUUUAAAACUGAAGCUGUCUAUACACCAACAUAUAUUUUUGUUCCACCUUCAUUAAAAUGAUGUUUCUUAUGAACUAGGGGGGACUAAAAUGUUAUUGCCUACUGCUAGUCUGACUAGUCUAGGACUAUCAAACCUAAAUGGGUGUUCUGCUACAACAUGAGGUGUGGUCUUCUGUAUAUUGUUUGAUAUAAAAUAAAUCUAUAUUUUAUUUUAAUGGAUGAACUAUUUAACAAGCUGUGAACUUAAGUGUGAUGCUAACUUUGCCAACCAAUUUUUUUUUUUUUUUUAAUUAUCUGGUUUGUGCUAAUUUAAUCCUGCUUUAACGUCAAAGUUGUUUUCAGGUGGCUUUCAGGUACUCGAGUUGAAAUUGUCUGAAAAAAAAUAAAAAUGUUGAA